GUACCACCACGACUUUUAGAUGCCACCCGUUUGACUAUGCCUCUCCACUCCUCCCAAUCUGUUUCUUCUCUCCCUGCCAUCGGUCAAACUCGCUGUUACUGGGCCAUUCUCAACGGCGACCUACAAUUCAUCUUCCUUGACCCCGUCCUGGCGCAUCAUUUAGGGCAACAAGCUCAGGAACUUGUUGGAAAAUCGCUAAUUUCUUUUGUCCAUCCCGAAGAACAAGCGAGUGCACAAGAUGACCUUGGUCGCGUCCUCGAAAGUCGAACUCUCCAUGGGAGCGUCACCCGAGUUCGCUUCUCGCGUCUCUCGCGCGUACGGCGUGAACUAGGCUACCAAGGUUCUCCGACAUCUUGGAACGACGCCGACAAGAUCGCGUUGGACUCCAAUUACAUGGUUGUCGACGUUGUCAUUAACUGGGCUGCUGAGGGCGUUGUUUUAUGUUUCAUUCAUGCCAUUGUUGACCUCACUCCGAACGACAACGACGAAAACAACAAGACGGAAUGGACGAAUUGGUGUGGCACGCCUGCAUUGAGCCAAGAACAUGUUCAACUCCUAUUUCGCCGUCUCAUCGUCUGCGCUCCUUCCCAAAUCAACAUGAAUCGUGUCUUCCAAAUCCUUGCAAAUAACGAGCAAAAACAACUCUUGAUAAGUUGGCCUCCGGAUCAAGGAACGCAGUCACCUGUUGGCAGAGAUUUCGCCAAACUCGUUGAAGACGUCCAGAUCGGACCGGGAGUAGCCCCCGGCAACGAGGCAAGGACGAGUUGUACCCGCAGGUACAAAGCAUUGCAACCAAUGCCUGGCGUCGCGGGCGAGGUCGAAAGCAUAUUCAUUCCUCAUGGCUCAGUCAUAUUUGCUUGUCAUAAAGUAAACUCCCCCACCUCUGUCACGGACAUGCAGCAGAUCGCCUACAACACUCCCAACUAUUCCGCUCAAACGCCCUACUACGAACAGCAUGGCCCGCCUUACUCGCUGCCUACGCCUUACAACUACAUGCCGCAGUCGAACCAACCUCAGAACUCUACUACCCCUUAUCCACCUUCCGCUAGCUAUGGUGCUCAGUGGUCGUCGUCCAAUGAGAACCGGCCAUGGCCUCCUCAAACAUCUUACAUAGACGCUGGCAACGCGCAAAGCUACCAAAGACAUGUGUCUCCACAAUAUGCCUAUGGGACUUCCGGGGACAAACAGGCUAAUGACGUUGUCCCAGCUCCGCGUCGCAGAGUCAGUCCAACCACAGCUAAUCGGGAAUCGGGUAACGCUGUUCCUCGAACAACUGGUGCUCGUCCUGUCGGUGUGCUGCAAUGCUCGAGUUGUAAAGCCACAACGAGUCCCGAAUGGCGCAAAGGUCCAAGCGGCAAGAAGGAGCUCUGCAAUGCUUGCGGUCUACGCUACGCCCGAUCCCGCGCUAAAAAGGAAGGGACUCAGGCGCAGCGUAAGCGAAAGGAGAAAGGGCUCGUCGUGAAGCGCAGCGACUCGGCAACCCCACCAUCGGCCAAUUCUCCCUCCUAUCCAGCUGCUCGGCGCAACUACGACGACUCGUCGUUUUCAUCCACUGGUUCUCCCGGCGGUGAAGCAUAUACGGGCUUGGACGACCACCAUAACACUCCUUCUCCCCCUCCGCCAACCUCUGCUCCAAAUUAUGUCCACUAUGGCCACCAGCCCAGCCCGUUCUACUCCGUUCCAUCCCCUCUUUCCGCCGUACAGCCGGAUCGCGAAUCCCCUAUGCAUUCACCUGCCACUCAUUCGCCCUCAAUUCCGUCAUUUGAACGGGAGCGAGAGCUCCUUCCACCCGCCACUCAGCUUCCCACGGAACCCCGUCGUCGGUCUAUAUUGUCUCACCAGUGA